GAUACCGAGAGGUUCUUCGUCUAUAGCGUGUCUGAAAAAGAGCAUGUCAUCAUGGAUAAAGAAAAUAGAUGGGAGCAUGAAGUAACGGUGCCCACCCGUAAGUUGCUGGACCCGAAGUUCUGCCUGGCAGAAUGGUAUGCACGAAAGGUUAAUGAACUACGGGGAGAGCACCCCCACACAUGGGGAAGAUGGAGGCGGGAAGAGCCUCGCCCAACGAGGUCCAUGGAUACUCCUCUAGCUGCCCGAGCGGAGCAGCUAUUGAAACUAUGGGGCCAUUAUGAUAACGAC